AUGACAAGUUAUGGAAUGCCAUACCUUUUGGAGGACAAGACGGGCAAGCUGACGGGAUCACAAUUCGUGGACAUCAAUGAUCGUUUGCGUUUGACGCUUCGAUGCACAGCUCGGGAAUCUACACACGCAACAUACAUAAUAUAUAGCGCAUCCGGGUCGGAUUCUGGCAAGCCACUUGUAGCCCUAGACUUCGGCCCCAACAACUCCCUAGGGGCAAUAGCCUUUGGGUCAGGGCCGCAGAUACCCAUGAACAGCUUCCUUGAGUCGUCUCCCAUUGGAAGCGCAAAGUCGAGGAAGUUCACUGGGUCCGAUGGUCAGCAGUACCGAUGGAGUUGGCGAACUACACAGAACGAGGAGUGGACGUGUACGAACGCAAGCAACCAUCAUGUUGCAUCUUAUUCGUUGAAAGUACCCGGAGAGCCAGAAUACGAUCACUCCUCUGGGUGCGUGCUCACCAUCGAGGAGGCGUAUCCACACCUUGCAGCUGAGAUGCUGGCUUCCCUGAUGAUCAUGAGGCAUAUAGUCGCCCAUAACCUUUGA